AUGGAACGGCCUUCACUAGAUGUCAAUGCUACUCAUAACGAUGAUAUUCAGCCCUUUGAUGAUGAUGAGAGAAAGGCUGUCGAGCUCGAAACGCCGCCCCAGGCAGACCCGUUUGGUGACGAAGUGAUGAUUGCACAGAACAUUCCCUUGGCGACUCUCGGCAUCGUCCCAUCCAUGAUCUUGAUUCUAGGUCUAUCUGGAAUGUCAUGGUAUACUGCAAUCAUCAUUGGUCAGUUCAAGGCACGAAACCCUCAGGUUCACAGCAUGGCCGAUGCUGGCGAGAUACUCUUGUGCCGAUUUGGACGGGAGCUGCUAGGGCUGGGCCAACUGUUCCUUCUGAUUUUCAUUGUGGCUAGUCAUAUCCUGACAUUCUCGGUGCUGAUGAACGAGCUUACCAACCACGGUGCUUGCACAAUUGUCUUUGGCGUGGUAGGACUGGUCAUCAGCUUUAUCGGUGCUCUUCCGCGCACGAUGGAAAAAGUUUAUUGGAUUUCACUGUCAUCAUUUGCUAGCAUCUUUAUCGCCACCCUUGUCACGAUGACCACCAUUGCUGUCCAACGGUCGGGUCCCGCUCAGAUUGAUAUUGUCACUAGCAUACAUUUUUCUAAAGCAUUUCUCGCCGUUACCAACAUCGUCUUCGCGUACAUCGCUCACGUUGCGUUCUUCGGCUACAUUUCUGAGAUAGAGAAUCUGCGCGACUACCCCAAGGCAUUGGCCAUGCUUCAGAUAACGGAUACCUGCAUGUAUAUUGUCGCGGCGGUAGUGAUCUGUGUUUAUGCUGGUCCAGGUGUUUCAUCGCCAGCGCUGAGCUCUGCCGGGCCUUUGAUGAAAAAGAUUGCCUACGGUCUUGCUAUUCCAACGGUUAUCUUCUCCGGAGUCGUGGUUGGACACGUUGCCUGCAAGUAUAUCUACGUGCGUAUUUUCCGUGGAUCACCGCACAUGCAUAACCGCGGCCUUAUUUCUGUUGGGUCGUGGGUAGCCAUUGUUUUGGUUAUCUGGGUGGUAGCCUGGGUUAUUGCCGAGUCGAUACCCGUCUUCAAUGAUCUUUUGAGUCUUAUAAGUUCCCUGUUCGGUAGCUAG